GAAGCUCUUUUUCUUGCUCUUCAAUCUCUUUACGAAUUUUUUGUAAAUUAUUCAUUUUUAUUUUAAAUUACCUUAAACUUUUAUUUUAAACCCGAAACUUAUUUAUCAAGUCAUAAGAUUGAAACUUUAAAAAUGAUGUAAAUUGGGUGUAUCGUUACACUAUGCAAAAUCUUCAACGCGACAAAAAGAAAUUCUUUAAACAAAAAGGUCUUUGUAUUUGAAGAAUUAAUUCAAAUGCUGGACAUUGCCUAGUAUGUCAACCUCUAUACCUUAUAAUCCCAAAACCGCCGCCUUGUUGGUCAUUGACAUGCAAGAAAUCUUUCGUAACGAUGCUACUGAUAUUAUUCCAAACGUACAAUCUCUUGUCAAAUCUUGUCAUGAGAAAGGUGUUCCAGUUUUUUGGACUCAGCAUGGUCACAGAAAUCCUGAAUUCGAUGGAGGUGCUUUGGGACGAUGGUGGGGAGAUAGGCUGAUCAAAUGGGGAUCUGACGAAUGGCAAAUUCUAAAAGAAAUGCAGCCGUUUGUUUCUAGAUCUCAAACUUCACUUGAUACCCUGGACUUCAUCAUCAAAAGCAAAACGCGUUAUGAUGCUUUCUACAAGACUGAACUUAACUCUUUGCUUAUCUCUCUUGGUAUUGAGACACUCAUCAUUUCUGGCGUCAGGACAAAUUUAUGUUGUGAGACAACUGCCAGAAGAGGAUUUGACAAGAAUUAUGAUAUUGUAUUCAUUAAAGACGCGACUGCUACAGAAAAUCAAAAAAUGCACGAGGCAACUCUGUUGAAUAUGGAGUAUGGAUGGGCAAAAAUCGUUACUGCUAUUGACGUUAUUGAAUGGCUUGCACACAUCGGGAAAACAUGAUUGUAGAAUAUAUGGACAUUUUAAUGAUUAGAUGGGACAUUUUAAUAAUUAAUAGUCAUUAGAUCGCAAAGUAUUCACUAGAUCAACUGUAAAAUUAUCGUUCACACCAAUCGAACUAUCAUUUUUUUUUUUAUUAUAUUUAUCACGUGACAUUAUUUAAUGGUUUUUAGUUUAUAUGUUUCUCUGGUUUUUACCUUGUUUUCUAUUCUACAAUAUUUCUAUGAUUUCUAGACGAAAAACAAAAAUUACAUGUAGUUGU